CGGCCCGUGGCCAGCUCCUCAGAUGUGGUUCCUCUUAGCAGCAGUGCAAGAGACAGGCUUGGAAACGGUGGUCAGCUUUCUUUUACAGGUCAUUAGAGGCUCGGGUGAGGUCCAGAUCUGCUCAGCUAACACACUAAUUUGCAAGCUUUCUUUGACAGUAGAGCAGAACGGGUUUCUAACCGCUCGCUUUCCAGCCUCAGCCCUGUCAUGGCCUCUCACCAGUUGCCAUAUGGCCAAUAGGCUCUCUCUGUUUUACGUACUCAUUCUCCCCAGGCAUCGUAGUACAUAGCCUUCCGUUAUGGUCUGCAUUUCUGUUCACACCCAGCAGCGAGAUCACAUGCAUUUGGAAAGUCACCAUCCACCUAGAGAAGCUCACAGAUGCCAGCAGAACCCGGGCCGGCGGCGAGACCUUGCUGAUGCUCUGGCUGAAGAGGAGGAGACAAAGGCCAACAUCUGUUGAGCAGCUUUCUGAACAUCAGCUUCAUUCUUCUUUCAGUUGUAGCUGCGUCAGAUCAUUUACGGCAGGUGACAAGCACAAGGAGACAGAAACACACAGGCAGAGAGGGAGAAAAAGAGGAUAGCAUUCCUUGGUACCGGCAGCAUCUCCAGCCCUUCAGCUUGCAGCAGGGAGGAGCAUUCCCACGAGGAUGGAGUUGUGUGGUACAGCAGCAAGCAGCGUGCGUGCUGUCUUCAUGGUUCUGCAGCUGGGUCUGACCCACAUUAUGGCUCAUCAACAACAGAUUGGGGUUGAGGGAAAGGAUGUGACCCUGAACUGUAAAAGGCAUGACAAAGAUGUGACCUGGAAGUACAAGAAUGAUGCAGUAUCUCCUACUACUAUUAUACAGCUCUCAACUGGGAAGAUAUUUAAAGGCAGAGCUCCAAUGUCAGAUCGGUCUGAAAUAAACCAGAACAGUAAAUAUCUGAAGGUGUCAAACUUGAGGAUCUCUGAUGCUGGCACCUACAUCUGUGAAUGUGGCUCUGACAGUAACAGCAUCUCACUACAUGUCGUUAAAUUGACAAUCUCUUCAAAUGGGCACUUCCUGCCAGAUGAUGACCUCGAGCUGACUUUCAUGCACAACUCACACAAUUCUCAACCCCGUUUUAGCAUCACAUUGUUUAACAGUCAGAACAGCAUAGUGACACCAGACACCUUGCAAAACGAGGCCCCUCGAAAAUACGUACUGAAGCUAAAGCAACUGAAGACUACGGACAGCGGGACCUGGAUGUGUAACAUGCAUUCAGACUCUCCAUCGAUUAGUCAGAACAUCUCCUUUAAUGUGAAGGUAUUAGGAUUUGAGAAUACACACUUGGAAAGAAUGUAUGCAGCUGCUGACAGCACCGUGACCUUGUCAUGGCAUCUGAACUUCCAGAAGAUAGGGUGGAAAAAAUUUUUCACAGGACAAGUGAUUUGGACACAAGCAAACUUGAGUAAAGCAAUCACUCUACUUGAUUUCAACGCCACAGCAGAUGGACAGCUGCAUGAAACUAAACAAAGUAGCCAGGCUUUGUUUGAAAUACCUGAAAUGCAACGUGACAGUACCGUAAAAGUGAAACUCCCCAAAAUCCAGUUGAGGCAGUCUGGAGAGUACACGUGCCAGCUGCUGUACAACAGAAGAUACAUACAAAGCAAGGCAGAGCUGGUGGUGAUGCAAGUGUCUGCUAACCCUCCUGGGCCACUCCCUAAAGGGGCUGAGAUGACACUGCUCUGCCAGGUGUCCGGCCCCAUCUCGUCUAAUGUCCACUUGCUCUGGGAACGUGUUAAUGGGACUCAGAUGGACAUCAAGAAGUCAAAACAGAGUGAAACACAGGUGGAGGCGAAGGUCACUGCUGCAGGGGUGUGGAACUGUCACCUGAUGGAAGACAAUAACACGAAACUCAGCCUUAAUUACACCGUGGAAGAAGCUCCUGUUUGGAUUAGCUAUACAGUAAUUGGAGUGACUAUUGGAGCUGGUGUGUUGAUGUUUGUCCUUGUAUGCCUGGGCAUAAUGGUUGGUAUGAGCUGGCAGCGGAGAAGGCAACGGGCAAAAAGGAUGGCACGAGCAAGACAGCACUUGCUGGAAAAGAAGACAUGUCAAUGUCAACACCGGAUGAAUAAGUAGUACUGCAGGCUGACAAAGUCUCUGACUGUCCCUAAACACCUGCCAGCCCAUAGUGCUCUGUGAAUCCACCUCCCUUCCUCUUGUUUUGAUAUCAUUCCUUAUGCCUUCGUUAUUCUCCCCAUAUAAUGCCAUGAGGGGAAGUCGUCUGAUGAGGAGUCAAUGCACAAGACAAGAAACCCUUAAGGGUUAUGACUGAGCUCUAUAAGGAGGGACACUGAAUAUAUAUACAUAUGCUUGUAUUUUGCUCAUGCACGUAAUUUGUCCAUCUUGUGGAACUGAUUUUAUAUCUGCUUCUUUUAUCCACCUGAGUUACAAUAAAUUACUUCAGGAUAGUU